UGAAAACAUUGAAUUGAAUAUAUGAAUAUUACGAAAUUUACAAAAAUAAUGUAAACAUCAAAUAUAUUUUAAUGUUUUAAUUAAAUGUUUAAAUAAGUUGCUUCUUUGUUUUAUUAAGUUGAUGAGUGGAUAGUACAAGAAAAUUAAUUUAUGAAGCGUAACUGUUGAUUAUCCAACGGAAAUUGUCUUAAUAUAUAGUGAUUAUAAAAUCAACAAUGCACAAUGUUGGAAGGUUUGGUAGCUUGGGUGUUAAACAAUUAUCUCGGAAAGUAUGUAGGAAACUUGAACACCGACCAACUCAGUGUGGCCCUCCUAUCUGGUAAGGUUGAAUUAGAAAACUUGCCUCUAAGAAAGGAUGCGCUGCGACACUUGGGGUUGCCAGUGGAGAUUAAAGCAGGGUUUAUUGGUAAAGUCCAGCUCCAAGUACCAGUGCGACAGAUCAGAUCAGCUCCCUGGCUGAUAGCCAUUGAGAAACUAUAUUUAGUUGCAGCACCGUUUAAUUUGGAUGAGUGGGACAGUGCAGUGGAAGCAUCAAUUGCCCAUGAGAGGAAGGUGUCUGUGUUGGAUACUUUGGAGGCGCAGUGGCGAGCCGAGCACGAGGCCAACGAUGGUGGAUACUACGCGGCCUCCUACUCCUCUUGGCUUAGCUAUGGCACCGGAUUUAUGGCUAACAUUGUUGAAAAUCUCCAGCUAAAGAUAAACGACGUGCAUAUCCGCUACGAGGAUUCGCUGACAUGCCCGGGGCGCACGUUCGCAUGCGGGCUCACCGCGGAUUCUUUGGCGGCGGAGUCGUGCGACGCAAACUGGCAGCGUGGGUUCACGCCCCUCGCCGACCCCUGUUCCUUCAAGCUGCUGGAGCUGGCGAACCUGGCGCUCUACUGGGACCCCAUGCCGCCCAAUCUCAUGAUGGCGAACUGUACGCUCGCCGAACUCGCGGAGAGUAUGAGUGGAAGUCGCUCUGCUCAGCACGAGUACGUAGUUCGUCCGGUCGGCGCGAGCGCGCGCCUCCGCAGAGAGCGCUGCGAACAGCCACUGAGGGAUCGCUCGCGGCCAAGACUGGCCUGCCACCUCACCCUUGACGCCGUCGCGCUGAGGCUCACCUCGAGUCAGUACGGGGAGAUGUGCGGGUGCGUGCGUGGCUUGGAGCGCAUCGGUCGACUGCGGGACGUGCGAGCGCUGCGGCCCGACGUGCCGCUCAACGGACACGCACGGCUGUGGUGGCAGUACGCUGUGGCCGCGCAUUUGCCGCACCACGCUUGUGCUUUCAUCAUUGUUUCACAGGGAUGAAACCCAAACCCACAUGGGAGUCUUGCUUGGAGCAAGCGAAAAAGAGCCGUGAAUACGU